AUGCUUUGGGUAACCCGGGGCGGUAAUGGCGGCGGCAGCGCCUGCGCAUUGCGGUCUCCGUGCGGACCGCGCAGAGUGAAUAAUAAAGCUCUCCUCCUCGGUGGUAGCGGGCGGCGGAGGAGGGAGCGGAAGGCAGAAACAUGUCGAAGGGCCCGGUAGCGACCGGGCCUCCCGCGACCGGGUCGGUGGCGCCCGCCAGCGCGCUCCAAGCGCAGCCCGAGAAGCCGCAGCACUACACGUACCUGAAGGAAUUCCGCACAGAGCAGUGCCCCCUAUUUGUGCAACACAAGUGUACUCAGCACCGGCCCUAUACAUGCUUCCACUGGCACUUUGUUAACCAGCGCCGCCGCCGCUCAAUCCGCCGCCGGGAUGGCACCUUUAACUACAGUCCUGACAUUUACUGCACCAAAUAUGAUGAGACCACAGGGAUCUGUCCAGAAGGAGAUGAGUGUCCAUUCCUGCAUAGAACUACUGGUGACACAGAACGGAGAUACCACCUGCGCUACUACAAAACUGGAAUCUGCAUCCAUGAAACUGACUCGAAAGGAAACUGCACCAAGAACGGCCUCCACUGUGCUUUUGCUCAUGGGCCCCAUGACCUCCGCUCUCCAGUUUAUGAUAUAAGGGAGCUUCAGGCCAUGGAGGCUUUGCAGAAUGGUCAGACCACAUCAGAGGGUGGCAUAGAGGGUCAGUCUGCAGUUGCCGCUAGCCAUGCUAUGAUAGAGAAAAUACUCAGUGAAGAGCCAAGGUGGCAAGACACAACAUAUGUUUUGGGAAACUACAAAACAGAACAAUGUAAGAAGCCCCCACGUCUCUGUCGUCAGGGUUAUGCCUGCCCUUACUACCAUAAUAGCAAAGAUAGAAGAAGGAGCCCUAGGAAACACAAAUACAGGUCCUCCCCAUGCCCCAGUGUGAAACAUGGGGAUGAGUGGGGAGAUCCCAGUAAGUGUGACAAUGGAGAUGCGUGCCAGUACUGUCACACUCGCACAGAGCAACAGUUCCACCCCGAGAUCUACAAAUCAACAAAAUGUAAUGACAUGCAACAGUCCGGCAGCUGUCCCCGAGGACCCUUCUGUGCCUUUGCACAUGUAGAACAACCUCCACUUAGUGAAGAAUUACAGUCAACCUCAGCUGUUUCCAGCCCAACGCAAGCAGGCCCUGUAAUGUACAUGCCCUCAGCGGCAGGCGAUUCUGUUCCUGUCAGCCCUUCCAGCCCACAGGCCCCAGACCUUAGUAAUGUAUGGAAUAAACCAGGGACUCUGCCAACUAGCCCCACUUCCACUACAAUUCUCUGUAGGAAUAGCAGUCUUGGAAGCCCAUCCAAUAUAUGUGGGUCCCCUCCUGGUGCCAUUGGAAAACCCCAUAGCCUAGAAAGCAUUGGCUUUCCUACAGAUUCAGUAACUGCAGCCAGCAGCUACAAGAAGGCACCUGGGUUUGAGCGGGAAGACCUGGUUGGAGCAGAAUACCUAAAGAGUUUCAAAUGCCAGCAGGCAAAGAUAAAAUCUCAUUCCAUGGAGCACAGAACCCAGGAACAGCCUUUGUUACAGCCCAAACAGGAUAUAUUGGGAAUUCUUCCUGUUGGCAGUCCACUGACAUCUAGCAUCUCCUCUAGUAUCACCUCUAGUCUAGCAGCAACACCACCAAGCCCAGCAGGCACCAGCAGUGUCCCAGGCAUGAAUGCCAAUGCCCUUCCCUUCUACCCAACCAGUGACACAGUGGAAUCUGUGAUAGAGUCUGCCUUGGAUGACCUGGACCUGAACGAAUUCGGAGUGGCUGCCCUGGAGAAGACAUUUGACAGCAGCUCGGUGCCCCACACGAGUGGCAUCAUGAUAGGUGGGAGUUUGCUGCAAAGUUCUGCUCCUGUAAAUAUCCCUGGGUCCCUUGGAAGUUCUGCCUCCUUUCACUCUGCCUCUCCUUCUCCACCGGUCAGCUUAUCAUCGCAUUUCCUCCAUCAGCCCCAGGGACACUUAAGCCAAUCAGAAAACACAUUCCUGGGGACAUCAGCUUCUCAUGGAUCAUUAGGUUUAAAUGGGAUGAACAGCAGCAUAUGGGAGCACUUUGCUUCUGGAAGUUUUUCACCCAGUACCUCGCCUGCAUUUCUGUCGGGUCCAGGUGCUGCUGAAUUGGCCAGACUGCGGCAGGAAUUAGAUGAAGCUAACAGUACGAUAAAACAAUGGGAAGAAUCUUGGAAGCAAGCCAAACAGGCCUGUGAUGCUUGGAAAAAAGAGGCAGAGGAGGCGAAUGACCGUGCCAACGCAGCAACCCUAGAAUGUGAGCUCGCCCGGGAGCAGAGGGAGGCGCUGGAGCUACAGGUGAAGAAACUCCAGGAGGAACUGGAGAGGAGCCACAGUGGCCAGGACCCCCAGCUCCUGCGCUCACUCUCCGAUCUAGAGACCCUUUCCCUCUCCACACUCUAUACCCUCCAAAAACAGCUGCGUGCCAACCUGGAAAGAGUUGAUAAGGCAGUGUUUCAGAUGCAGUCAGUGAAAUGCCUCAAGUGCCAGGAAGAGAACCGGGUGGUACUGCCGUGCCAACACACUGUGCUGUGCGAGACGUGUGCCGAGGAGGGCGAAUGCCCCAUCUGCCAUCCCCACAGGCCACACACUCUCCAGUCGUGACCCUGACUAGGACACUUGGUCUAGCAUAUCACAUAGAACUUUUUAACUUUAUAUAUAUAUAAAUAUAAAUAUAUAUAAAUAUAAUAUGAAUAUAUAUAUAUGAACAUAUAUAUAUACAUUUAAAAAUUAGUUGCAGAGCACUUUUUAAUACUUUGCAUCUCCCAUUGAAAGGGUUCCCCCUCCUCACCCAGUCUUAGCUAAUGCGAACUCCUUAGGGACUUUUAGAGCUGUUUUUAAUACAGAUCAAAGGACCAUUUGCAGAGUCUUUUGUCCCCCACCUUUUUUUCUUUUUCUUUUUCUAUUUAGAAACACCCAAAAAUUGCAUCUCUUCUGGGGAGAGAAUUAGAAGGGAGUGUGAAGAGGGGCUUGCCUGUGCUUUCCAGAGUGAGGACUGGACUUGUGGGGAGAAGGAAGAUGGAAAUCAGAUUUCUGAUCGUGUCUUCAUCUCCCUCCUCUUGGCUGUUGCUUCGUCAUCAUUUAAUAUUUUUUAAGCACCAGUCAUACAUUUGAUCCACCUUGUUAGCUGUUCCCAGUAACAGAAACCCUUUUGUAGCCCCUGUCUGUUCAGAGCUUCUCUUGUUCAGAACUCUUGUUGGCCUUCAGUAAGUGCAAGAAACUUUGCUUCUCAGUUUUGAAAAACAAAGGUUUGCUUUAAACUUUUUUUUUUACACAUGGCUAGAUUCUGACCAAAACAAUUAAAGGCGUAAAAUUGGGUGGUGGGGGGGAGAAGAAAUUAAAAUGAAAACAAAGCAGGGAGGCCAGCCUGAUUGUUAUGUGAGAGUUUUCCAUUUCACUGAUUGGGGAAGCUUAGGUGAGCCUUUCACAGAAUUCAUUAGCAUUGGAACGUGCUUUAGAAUCGUGGUCAAUGCACAUGGGAGGCACUCUGGCUGUAGGUAGAAGAGGGGAUGUGAGAAGAUGGCCCUUUUGGAAUCGCCGGUUUCUUCUCUUGCCACUUGCUAUAGGGAAAAGGGUUUUGUUUAGGUCUUGCUUUCAGCAUUAAUGGCAGGUGGACCUUUGCAACUUUUUUGCAUGCCUAAUACAGGCCUACUUAACUUUGUGGCCCACCAAGCUGACUGCAGCCGACCAGCCCAGUUUCUGAAACUGUAGAAAUGUUGUAUGUGAUCAAGCACCUGGCCGGCCAUAAUGCUUGGCUAGUGAGCUUUAUUUGACUUGAUUGGUUUCAAACUGUGCAGACGUGGAUGAAUUCUAGGCACUUCCAGAUGUGAAGAAACAAAGAAUACCUCUCUUCCCUUGCUUUUCCUUUCCCAUGAAUGGGUACUGUUGCCAGUGCUGUAGCAAGCAGUCGCUUCCAUUAUAGCCCUCUAUAGACAGGUAGUUUUUUCCUUUGCAUACUAGAAUAAGAGAAUCCAGACAAUGGCAGAGCAGUGCCAUCUGUUCGCACUGUGCAACACUUUGUGGUGUUAGCCUGGAAUAAGCUGCGCUGCACCAACAUGGACAUGGGGAGCGUAGGAUGGAAUCGAGACAAGGGGGCCCUUCUCGGUUGCUGGGGUUCAUGCCACAUUUUUCUGUCUGGCUGCCAACAGUGCUCAUCUGUGUUGUGGCUAUUCUUCUCUCAGUUUCAUCUUCUGCUUGGUUAAUACCAUGGUACCAUUUGGUAAUGUUUACAAAGUAUCAUCAAGGAUUUUUAGAGUUCCACAUUAUUUCCAACUUGAAUUCUUUCAGCCUGCAAUUUCUGCAGAGCAAUAGUGGAGAGAUAGUGGGAGAUAAAUGCACAAUCAUAGGGCAAAGGCUGAAUUUUGCGAACAUUGUAUUAAAAUGUUUCUGAACGUGACAGAGAGAGUCCCAAAAGCUUAACAGGGAGCAGGCAGUCCCUUGAAGUAGCAAGUAGAAGAAGGUAAAGGAGUAGCAUUAAAUCUGGCAAAGAAUCUAAGAUGCUAGAAUGUCCUCUCCUGAAAGAUUAGUUAGCUGCUUAGAUGUCAAGGGGAGUCAGGUUCCUAAUCCACGAUACAUUCUUCUGAAAAAUGUAUAGUGAAUGCCAUGAAGCCACAGUUGAAGCACUAAAUGCAGAGAAGGGAAAGUCCACAAUGCCCCACUUCUCCAAAAACAUUUCUCUUUCUUUUGACUAGGGAAAACUUCUCAUUUCCCUGAUCUCCCUCAGUCUCUCACCAUCUCACUCUUCUUUAAUUUAGCUUCCCAACAAAACCUGGUUGCCUCCUUUGCAAAGGAGGUUGUGAUUUGUGUAGAUCAGUAGUUUUCAUCUGGGAGCUGCAAAUCUGCUAGUCUUGACCUGGGAACUUCCUAGUCUUGGGCUUGAUUGAUUGACGCAGGGCAUUCUUCAGAGAUGAACUGUGUUUGUUCUGUGCAGGUGAUCUCUGCAGUCUGCACUUCUGUGACUAUUCAUCCCCUGGCUGGUCCCCAGUAGAUAGGAAUGUUCACAAAACAUAUAUUGGGCACACUGUAUAUUUGUACAGUCUAAAGAGUGAGUCUGUAGUGGGGGGUGGGUGAGGUGGAGUACAACUCUCCUGGAUGUCUGCUUUGGCAUUAAAAGCACCAAGCUGGAAGCAGGAGAAUUUCACUUGCAAGUGUGUUUGUUCAUGCUUUUCUCACAAAAGUUCUUUUACUUGUCCCCGUAGAUUAACUCACAGUUGACUGUCCUGGGUCAGCUUAGUGUGACUGUGACUUCUGUAAUUUGGCUGAGUACCAGGUGGAUCCUCCCAAGGUGACCUGAAAUCCUGGAUCUUCAUAUUAGACACACGCUUACUAAUGAACUGAUUAUACCAGUCAAAACUUGGUAACCGUUUCCCUGGAUGGGAAGGACUAAGCCGAAUACUUAGAUUAGCCAUCCUGUACUGGGCAUGGAGAUUCUAAUUCAAGGAAUAUUCUUCAUAAAUUGGCCUCUUAUUAAAACAGCAAUCUGUUUGGUUUCUAAGCAAGAGACAGCUGGAUUGUCAGAAAUAACAUUAAUGUAUUUCUUGAGCUAUUGUGGGCCAGCCUGAGUUAGGUUCCUAAGCUCUGAGCAGAACUGAAUUAAACUGAUUAAAAUGAGAGACUUUAGCUAAAAACUCCCCUUUAGAACAAAUUUGCAGCACUCUCACCACAGUGCUUUACAAGGGGUGUCCAACUUAUUAUGUGUUAAACUUUGAUUCUGUUUUAGCUUCUAAAAAUAGAUAUUGGCCCUUAAUCUAAUUGACUCUCAGUUACAUUUCUAGCUUGGGAUGCUUUGUUUUCAGCUUGUAUCCAAUAAGUGUGUCCUCCUGCAGUUCUUGCAGCUCCUCCUGCUGCAAGUUCUUUUGACUUGUGCAAACAUUGCAACAGCCUUUAGAGCUAGCUAAUGAAAAGCAACAGCUCAGUCCAAAAAGGACUCUAAAUCUCUCUCUUUGCACUGGGAGCUUGUUUAACAUGUAAAAGUAUAAGAUUUCAAUGUAUAAUCUCACUCCCUUGCUCGCCAGUCUCUGCUGUAUGUGAUAGUCAACCCCCCUUUCCCCAACCUGGAAAAAGCACUGGAAACUCUAGCAAUCCUUGUUUUUCAUCAGAGUAAUCCAGCUGUUCACCAUCAGGUUUUUCCUCCAAAGCAUAUUUAAUGCAAGGACAUCAUUAGAUUUGCUUCCACAAUUCCACUCUUCCAUAUUUGGGAGGGGUUAAUAUGCAUUCCCAGAUGAUCUCAAAAGUGCAGCUCUGUUUAGUGUUUUGUUUUUUAAUUAACUUUUAUGUUUGGUAAAACUGCUUUUUUCAAUGUGUAUAUUGUACUAGUAUUUUUUUUUAAAGGACACAUAAUUGGCUUUUUUUUUUUUUUAAUGGAGAGACACUGCUGGUUGACUCUUGUGGUUGUGUUGUUUUGGUUGUAGCCUUUGAAUGUCUGUGCCAUGGGGCAGACCUGGCUUCCAAAGCCAGGCAAAAUGCCUCCGUCUUAAGGAAAGCUCAUUUGUUUAACAGAUGUGAACAUUUUUUAAACACACACACACACACACACACUUAAAUUAUGGGAGAGUAAUACUCUGCUGGAAAUAAAAAUGUAUUAAACUAUUUUGGUAACUAAUUUAAAGAUCAUAGGAAAUAAACUCUUUGAAUCGGG